AUGAUGUCCCAGGAAGAUCUUGUUAAAUUUGAAUCUCUUUGUAGAUCCAUUUACGGCCAGGUUGAUAACGAUAGAAAAGAAGCGGAGAGACAACUCCACAUGUUCCAAAAAUUGGAGAAUUAUCCAAAGCUUAUCAUGAUAUUCGAUGCAAGUGUAGAUCCUCAUGCUCUCUUUUUUGCAUCCUCACAAAUUACCAAGAUGAUUACAAAUAAUUGGAAUAGCUUCUCCGCAGAAAAGAAGACCGAUUUGAGAAAUUAUUUAUUAAACUAUCUGGCAAAGAGAGGAAUUGAAGUUCCCAAGUUUGUAUCAUCAGGAUUACUGAAACUCGUUGGUAGAUUAACAAAAUUGGGAUGGCUAGAGGAUCAACAAAAUCGAGAUCUUCCGAGCAAAUUAAAAAGUACUUUAUACAAGUUACGAACCCACAACUUUCCAUUGUUGGACUCAGAAUUUUAA